AGCCGCGGCGGCAGCAGCAGCCACGAAGCCGCGCGGAGCUGCCCGGCCGCCUGCCGUCCUCCCGGGCUCCGCCAGCGCCCGAACCGGGCCACCGGGCCAGAGCCAGCGGCGGCCCAGCCAUGUCGGGCCGGGUGGAGAAAGCAGAUUCUCAGCGUUCUCAUCUCUCUUCGUUCACCAUGAAGCUAAAGGACAAAUUCCACUCGCCCAAAAUAAAAAGGACGCCAUCGAAGAAAGGGAAGCAGCCUGACCUAGUGGUGAAAUCCCCCGAAAAGGUUGUGAACAAGAACUUGAGUUGGCUGGAGGAGAAAGAGAAGGACGUAGUGAGCGCCCUGCGUUACUUUAAGACCAUCGUGGACAAAAUGGCCAUUGAUAACAAAGUGUUGGAGAUGUUGCCGGGAUCCGCCAGCAAAGUUUUGGAAGCCAUCUUGCCUCUGGUUCAGACGGACCCACGGAUUCAGCAGAGUUCCGCCAUCACUUCCUGUUACAGCCGCGUGUAUCAGAGUUUGGGGAAUUUGAUUCGAUGGUCCGAUCAAGUGAUGCUCGAAGGCAUCAACGCGGAAGACAAAGAAGUGGUGAAUACAGUUAAGGGAGUCAUCAAGGCAGUUCUGGAUGGCGUUAAGGAGCUGGUGAAGCUGACAAUUGAGAAGCAGGAACACCCGUCUCCCACCAGCCCAGUCAAGCCCACCUUACCUGUGCCUGCAACAGACAGCCAGUUGGAGCUCCCCUUGACGGAUCGUGAGAUGGAGAUCCUCAACAAGACGGCCGGGUUGACACCCACCGCAGAAGUGUUGGCAGACGCCACAGACGAAGAGGUCGCCCCGCCGAAACCGCCCCUUCCUUGCAUCCGGGUGGCUGAAAACAGCCUUCCGCCAGCCUUGCCCCCUAAGAAACGCCAGUCGGCCCCCUCCCCUACGCGAGUGGCUAUCGUGGCCCCCAUGAGCCGAACAACCAGUGGUUCCAGUUUACCCAUUGGGAUCAACAAACAGGAAUUUGAAAAUGAUUGCUAUCCCCAGCGGAGGCUGUCGGGGGGCAGCCAGUCCUACGGAGGGGAGUCUCCCCGCCUCUCGCCCUACAGCAGCAUGGGGAAGCUGAGCAAAUCGGACGAACAGCUGUCCUCGCUGGAUUGCGACAGCGGGCAGUGCUCGCACAACACAAGCUGUGAAACGUUAGAUCAUUACGAUCCCGAUUACGAGUUCUUGCAGCAGGACCUCUCGAACACGGACCAGAUCCCCCAACCAGGACUUGGCAUGCUCAGCCCUUUGCCGGAGGGCCUGCGGGAAUCUGCUUCUCCAUUUCUCGGACAAUCUUUCCAACUUCCCGAGAAUUGUAUCUCCCCAACCCCCGCCGCGCCGGCGGUUGAGGUCCCACCAGCUCUUCCCGAGAAGAAGCGGAGGGGGACGGCCGCUCCUGCCUUCGACGUCUCCGGCUGUCGGGUCCUCCUGGAGAGACACCCUUCGCAGUACGACAAUCUUUCGGAGGAGGACUUAAGUGUCCCGACGCUCUUGCCCUGGGUCUUCACGCCUUUUGCCGCUGUCCUGCCCUAUCAGCCUGGGAAGCCAGCUCCCCCUGUUGAAUUCCUGGCGGAUUUCUCCAGCCCCAACGCCCCCAGGGAAUCCGAGGAGCCCCCGCCGCUGCCGGAGAAAAAAAAUAAACACAUGUUGGCCUACAUGCAGUUUGUAGAAGAUUAUUCCGAACCUCAGCCUUCCAUGUUCUACCAAACCCCGCAGAGCGAGCACAUCUACCAGCAGAAGAAUAAGCAUCUGAUGGAGGUUUAUGGAUUCAGCGACUCCUUCAGCAGCGCCGUCUCCGGCCAGGAUCUGGCCCCACCUCCAGCCCUCCCGCCCAAACAGAGGCAGCUGGAAACGCCAAUAAUUAAGGAUGACCACACGAAAGAUUCCUCAUCCGUGAGUGGCACCCCAGGGACGGAAAAGCACGAGAGUGAAAGACCGCAGAAGUCCCUGGAAUCUUUGGAAAACCCUCAGAUGGAGGAGGAAGUGGACGAGUUGUCCCUUGUUAACCACACCGAAAUCAUAUCCAGGCUGACCUUGAAACAGGAAGGUGAUGAUGGUCCCGAUGUCCGCGGUGGGUCAGGAGACAUCCUUUUGGUGCACGCGACAGAGACGGCCACUGUGGAGGGGACGGUGAAAGAUCUGGUGCUCUACUGCGAAGCCUUUUUGACAACCUACCGGACGUUUAUUUCCCCAGAAGAGCUUAUUAAAAAACUACAAUACCGGUAUGAAAAAUUCUGCCACUGUCCAGAUAACAAUAAGAAGCGAGUCAGCAAGAAUACGUUUUUUGUCCUGGUGCGAGUGGUGGAUGAAUUAUGUUUGGUAGAGCUGACGGAAGAGAUCCUGAAGCUGCUGAUGGAGCUCGUCUUCCGUCUGGUGUGCAACGGAGAACUCAGCCUCGCCCGGGUCUUGCGCAAAAACAUCCUCGACAAAGUCGACCAGAGGAAGAUGCUGCGUUACACCAACUCCAUCAAGCCCUUGGCGGCUCGAUGGGUGGCAGCCAGGCCUGGCACCCUCCAUGAUUUUCACAGCCAUGAAAUUUCAGAACAGCUUACUCUCCUCGACGCAGAGCUGUUUUAUAAAAUUGAGAUCCCUGAAGUUUUACUCUGGGCAAAGGAACAAAAUGAGGAGAAAAGUCCCAACUUGACGCAGUUCACCGAGCACUUUAAUAAUAUGUCUUACUGGGUCCGUUCGAUAAUCAUGCAGCAGGAAAAGUCUCAGGACCGAGAGAGGCUUCUGUUGAAAUUUAUCAAAAUCAUGAAGCACUUACGGAAACUCAACAACUUCAACUCCUACCUGGCCAUCCUCUCCGCGCUGGAUUCGGCCCCCAUCCGGCGUCUCGAGUGGCAGAAGCAGACCUCUGAGGGCUUGGCAGAGUAUUGUACCCUGAUUGACAGUUCGUCAUCCUUCCGGGCUUACCGAGCAGCUCUUUCUGAGGUCGAACCGCCUUGUAUCCCUUACUUGGGCCUAAUCCUGCAGGACCUGACCUUCGUCCACCUGGGAAACCCCGACUACAUUGAUGGCAAAGUCAACUUCUCUAAGCGAUGGCAACAGUUCAACAUCCUGGACAACAUGAGACGGUUUCAGCAAGUGCAUUAUGACAUCAAACGCAACGAUGACAUCAUCUCCUUCUUCAAUGACUUCAGCGACCAUCUGGCCGAGGAGGCCCUAUGGGAACUUUCGCUCAAAAUCAAACCCCGGAACAUAACGCGGCGGAAAACAGACAGGGAAGAGAAGACUUAAGGGGCGAAAGCAGGAAGGCCGCAGGCAUCCGAUGAGGACUAGCACCCAGCGUCCAAGCCCUGGCAGAGUGAGCAGAUCUCCAUCACCUCCUGAGCCGCUGGCGGUGGUGAUGGUAGAAUCUCCAAGUCCCUCUUGAACUUUUCUCCAUCACUUCUGGGCUGUUGUACAUCACCCUCCUGGUCUGGAAAGUGAGGGAUGGAAGAGACUUUCCGCCUUGUCGAUUGUCAAGUGGUACUUGCACCCGAGGUGUGUGUGUGUGUGCGUGUGAGAAAGAGAGAGAGGGAGGGGGGGGGAAACCAGGCAGCCUACAUUUUUGCACACUCUUAAGUGGAGAAGGGAGGUGUCAACCUAGAUCUCUCGCACCCUUGACCAUGGAUGGGUUUGGCCAAGAAGAAGAACCAUCUCAGAUACUUCCAAAACCUGGGAAAAGCAGAGCCAAGGAAAGCUUGGGAAGGAUUGGAGGUAAACUCUGGCCCACUCCCUUCCCUGGCAGAGAUGAUAUCGAGACAACAACCCCAGAAGAAGAUGUGCUUCCGGAGCAGAGAGAGGGGCAGAAGAAGUUGUGAUUGGAUGGGGACUUCCUUCAACCAUCCUCCUCUCCAUCUACGUCCACAAACUUGGGAUGCCUUCCUUCUCCUACCUGGAAGCAGGGCGUCAUCUCUCAACUCCACGUCCGGAUUUCCAUGUGGGAGAACGGGAGAGGGACGCCUUCACUUAGCAACGGUACUAAGCUUGUAAAGGCCGCGACAUCUGUAGAGAGAAAAAAAAAUAUCAAGACGCUAGGACUGCUGGCGUUUUCGAUGUGCAUGUUUGAAUUUUGCCCGUGGAUAAUAUAUUUUUCUUUCUUUCUUUUUGUUCCCCCCCCCCACUUUUUGUUUGGCUUGUUUUUAGUUGGUGAUUAAUAUUAUUAUUAUUGUUGUUAUUAUUAUUAUUUUGGCAAGGAAUCGUGUGUUGUUGUUGUUUUUUUUAAAAAAGGGAAAAAAAUGGACAGGGGAGAGAGGAAACAAAUCU